CCCCUCCUGUUAAAACAGCAGCCACUGCCGGCUCUCUAGGAUCUGAACAGUACAACCAGCCAGCGCUAUGGGCCUGUUCAAGUUUGUAUGUGCGAUUAUUACAAGAGUGUUAUUUAUCUUAGUCUCUCUGGCCGGGGUCUGGAGGGUGACGUGGGUGAAGGAUAACAAUUACUGGUUCCUGACUUUCCUCUUUCUGCCGCUGUUCGUUGAAAUGAUAAUAACCCUGAAGAAUCGAAAGGGAAAAGAUUACAAAUGGUUUUCUCCUCCUAUCUUUCUGUUUCUCAUCAGUAUCAUUCCCUCCAUCUGGAUCCUGGAGCUCCACUACCAGCAGAACAAAGAGAGCGACCCUCUGUGCAAAAAGCUCGACUCUUGGGAGAAUUUGCGUACUGUGAUUACUCCAAACCAGACCAAUGGAAACCAAACAUACCAGGACUACCUGAAGAAUAUUAACCAGAUGUUGUCAGCUGUCUGUUCCAACGACUGGAUCCUGGCUCUUCAUCAGAUCCUGCUCAUCCUCCUCAUUGUGGGGAAGUGGCUUCUCCCCUUGGGAGGCGGAGUCACACGUGACGAGCUCUCGCAGCUUCUCCUCAUUUUUGUUGGCACUGCGGCAGACAUCCUGGAAUUUACUAGUGAGACGCUGUCAGAUGUCAAAGAGAACAGCCCUGAGCUGGUCUACAUCAUCUUAGGUGUAUGGACUUGGAGCAUGUUGCAGUUCCCUCUACAUCUGGCCGUGGUGAACUCCAAGCCAGACGCUGAGGGUGAGGAGAGGGCCAAGAAGGUGUCCCUUAUGACUAAACACAGCACGGACAUGUGGAGCAUCGUGGAGGCCUUGUUUAUCCAGGACGGGCCCUUUCUGGUGGUCAGGCUCACCGUCAUGACCUACUUCAAAGUCUUCCACCAGAUGCUGGUUUUCUUCGCCAUCAAGAACUUCUUGGUGGUCAUACUGAACUUGUACCGGUUGGUUGUUAUAUGUCAGGACUUCAGAACCCCCAGCAGUAGAACCGACAGCGGCAACCCCGUCCUAUGAGUUUGACAAGACAGCUCGGGGGGAAGAGGGGUGCUAGGGGAGAUAGAGAGACAUUACACUUUUUUAAAAAAGUUUUACAGUUACAGGUAAAAACUACAAUUGGAGCAGGGAAAGAAGGAAAUGCUUGAUGACUGUUUUCUUUUCACAAUGUACUUAUGUAGAAUCCAUUCUGAAUAAUUGAUGCUCUUGGGAGCAGAAAACUGUGAGCAACCAUUUUAUUACACUUGCAUGAAGUUGCCAAGUUUGCAUUCCACACUUCUUCCACACUGCCUAGCAUCUCAUUUUGCUCAUACUUGACAUUUCAGUCCCUUUGGAGCUAACCUCAGUCAAUUCAGUUAAGACACCACCCUUUAUUCAGUACUAAAAUGUGACUGUGUGCAUGAACAAUCUGUGUUUAAACCUGUGGAUACAGAGGAAAAGAAGGAAGCAGAGCGGAACAGGAAAAAGGUGUGGGGGUUCAAAUGAAAAAUAUCCUGAUUUAAUCACAUGUAUACAAAUAACACACAUUACUAAGCCUGUCAGCCUGUCACAAUAUAUCUAAAGAAAAUAGGCCCACCAGGCUCUGCUUGUUAACACAGCCCCACCAGUAACUAAAGCCAGGCUACUGCUUCGAGAAGACUGGACAGAUUUUAGGGCUGCACGAUAUGGUAAAAACAUCAUGUUGACAUCGAACAUCAACUUUCUUUUUUUCUCACUUUUUAUGUGUGCCAUACGAUUCAUAUAUAUCAUCAUCAACAUCUUUGCAUGCACUCAUAUAUCUUUACAUAUGAAUUUUGUAGAAUUAGAGAGGUGAAUAAGAAACAAAAUCCAAAGAAACAUCAAUAACAAACCUGACUUAACUGAAAAAGAAAUACUAACAGUAAAAUAAUAAUUUUAAAAAACAUGCAGGACACCUUGUUUUUGACAUGGUUAAUAUCCACGGUGACCGCUGAUGGACAGAUUCCUAACAGUGUGAGGCAUCUUGUAGAGCAGAGGUAAGGACAGGGAACAGGAAGAGAGGAAGACAGAGCGAUAUAGUAGAUGACACAAAGGCUGUGAAGUGUUGACAGAAGCUGAGAUUAGGGAGAGGGAUUUUUCUGUCUUAACACAGACAGGAAGUUAAAACUAAACGUAAAAAUAUCUAUGGCCUAUGGCAGUAGGCAGUUUGAUGAGAACCACUAUACCAAAACUGGAUAAGAAAGACCAUGAAUCUGAUUAUUUGUGACAUUUGAAUGGGAAAGAAACUUUGAUUGAUAACCUCAUGGGUAACAGCUCUUUAAGGUCAAAAAUCAUUGUGUUUCUUAUCUCAAAGUAAUUCUGUCCUUGCUGUUACUGUUGAUAAGCAUUGACUGGUUGUUGUGACUCUGUUACAUGCUAGAAAUUAAUUUGGGCAAAAGCUUUAAAAAUAAACAGACAUAUAACAACAUAAUUGUGUGUGUGUGUGUGUGUGUGUGGUAUACCCUUUAAAACCAUGACUCAUUCUAGGCUUUAUGUAGUCAUUAUUAUCACUCCCUGGUUUAUGUGAAAAUGUUUUGGAGACAAACUCAGCACAAAAUGUGCAUCUUAACUUGUCAAGGAACAAAUAUGUAUUAUUUUUGUCAUGUUAUCUUUUUUUAUUUUUCAGCCCAAAUGUUGUCAAUAUCAUCCAGUAUUAUAUCCAGGACUGUCAAAGUGUUAUUUUGUUUUUUUACCUCAUCAUAUAAUCCUUGUUAUAUGUGGCUAGGUCUGAUGUAGCCCAAAUAAAACAACCCAUACUACUA